AUACUUUUUGCGCACAUCACCCACCCACCCAACUUUGCAAAUAUUUCGGCGACAUGUCCCAAAUUCAGUGCAUUUUAUAAACUUUACGAUAACAUCUAAUCUCGAUUGAAAGUUUCGAGGAAGCUAACUUUUAUCUUGACGUUAAUCAUUCAUUCAUUACAUGCAUUGCUGUGCAUGAAUUGAAAAGAUUUUAUUAUUUAUAUUAUUCCAGAGUUUGUAAAAAAUUAUUCCAGAGUUUGUAAAAAAAAAGUUAGAAAAAUGUAUUUCAAGACAUUUUUCGUAUUUCUCCUCGCUAACAUUUACCUUACGGAGUGUGUUAUUCAGGAACUUACUAUAUUUUCCGAGCCGGAUUGUCAAGGAGAUGCGAUUAUUUUUCGAUCAAAACGACCAAAUCUGGAAACAGACGAAAUUAACUUUAUAAACCAAUCUAAAUCUUACAAAGUCAUUGGAUGGUGGCAAGGUUACACCCAUCCAAACUAUGGAGCCCCGCAAGGGCUGACUCACCAGGGGUAUAGUGGAUCCUGUACUAAUUAUUCCGUUCCGAGUGCAAGAUCGCUCCGGUUUUUCGGCACUGCCGACACCAGCGCGGCAUUCAUCUCGUUCUUUCAAGGGAUCGACGAACCGGAACAUAUUUCUGGAACGGAAUUUCUUGUAACUGGUCUAGCUGGACAAAAUUUUGGGUUUACCCCGACUGGACUAGUCCUUUCGAAUGCUGAAAGCUGGAUAGGAUAUGCCGACCCUGAGUUCAUGGGUGAAGGGAUUUGUUUUAUCAACAAUUCAACUGGGUUAGCCAGUUUUGACCUGAAGUCUAAUAAUAUCCAAUCCGUAACAAGAGAUUGUAACGCGAAACGUGUGGUUAGCUAUAAAUAUGCUACCGACGUUAUCUGAAAGGUGGAUUAGGUAUACAUACAUUUCUAGGAAAAUUGGUAGUGACUUUCUGAAAUUAUAUUAAUUAUUUAAAAAUACAUUUAUGUAAUAAAGCUUAAAUCCUGUAUUCAUUUAUGUACAUA